CACUCGUUUUCGGACAGGUGCUGCUUCCUGAUUGGUCAUAAGUAUCACUGAAGUGUUGGAGAAUAUCAGGUGGAUUUCAAGAGCUAGCCAAUCAAAAGGCAGAGGGCGGGGUUUGUCGGAAUACAGGUGGGAGAAUACCGACCCGGUGAACCAAAACAUUCGUGGAAAAAGACCUUCCAGCCUUGUGUUUCAUGUUAGGCUGUUUUUAGCUGUUUACCAUCAUGGUCUGACACGUUCUCCAACAUUUAUAGGGACUUCUCUAUCACUUUAGCCAGGAUGGCUGUUGCAGAAUUGGUCGCAAAGUGCUUGCAGGCACGAGAAAUGGCUUACUGCCCCUACAGCCGUUUUCCUGUUGGUGCUGCGAUAUUGACAUCAGGAGGCACGAUAAUCACAGGCUGCAAUGUAGAGAAUGCAUCCUACGGCCUAACAGUAUGUGCAGAGAGAACGGCUAUACAGAGAGCUGUAGCUGAGGGCCACAGAAGUUUUACAGCUAUAGCAGUCACAUGUGAUAUUAAAGACAGUUUUGUAGGACCCUGUGGGGCUUGUCGACAAGUAUUAAUGGAGUUUGGAACAGAAUGGGACAUUUAUCUGACCAAGCCAGAUGGAUCCUAUAAGAAAACCAGCCUGAGAGACCUCCUGCCUUUAGCAUUUACUCCAGCUCACUUAGCAAAGGAAUGAGUUUCAGACGACACACAAACAUGUUAAAAAUGUCAAGUAAAUGACUUGAUAUAAAGUGACCUGGAGUCUUUAACCAUUUGUCAAUUCAUAUCCUGUAGAUUAAAUAAAACAGAAUCUUGUUACUUACUUGACACUGAAUAAGAAACCAAGUGUAGCUACAACACAAUCCCACAAGAGGGCACUACAGAAACAAUAACUCCUACAGUACUCUGUAAGUAUCCACUGUGCACCACUGAACUGGAAUUAAUACACACAGUGCUCUAUUUUCAGGAAGGGAAAGCAUGAAUACUAAUCAGUCGUUUAGAAGUCUAGCAAACUAAACAUGUACUUAAACUGGAGACAAGACAAGGUUCAUGGUUGUCACUGUGUAUUACAUUCAGCCAUUUCAUUUGGCAUCAAUAAAAUAUAUUUAUCUACUGUAUCUACCUAUACAGUGCAUGCUUUUACCAGACUAAGACUGUAUACUGUAGUUAUCCUAUAAUAUAUUAUUGCAAUAUAUUGCAAUUGCAAUAUUUAGAUAUUAGCAGCACUGAAAGAAAGAAAGAGUACACACAGGCUAUUGUACAGUUUUAGGACAAGCUGAUUUGAUCUGUUGUUUAAACCACAUGAUAAAACAACAAAGAAAGAAAAGAAAAGAAUGUUUUGAGAAGAUGAAGCCUUGUUUCUUCAGUAAGGCUAACUCCUGUGCUCCUAAUGCCCCCUGGCCUGUUUAAAAUUCUCCUCUGCGACAUAGCAGGGGCCUACAUUCUGUUCUUUCACCCGGGAAAAACACUCUGACAUUGUUCUCUGAUGCUGACAGAGAAAGAGGAGGGGGUGGAAGAAAAACAGGCAAAAGGGAAAACAGUACCAGUUACACUUUGUCAAGUGUUAAGCUGAAAUCCAGGGAUGUAAAAUACUUAAAUAUUUACAGUUACUUACUUUAUAACGUAAUUUGUAAAAUAAAUGUGAAAAGUUCUAAAAUUAUUUUGCAUACCACACCAAUAAAACAAAUUCGCACAUAUUUUUUUCAAAACUUUUUUAUCAUUUUAUAAUAAAUUAAAUUUCAAUACCCCUUUAAAGUAAAAUAUAUAAAUUUGAAGUCAUACUGAGAGUAUGACAAUAUGAUGUUUUUUUUUAAGCAAUGGCCAGUGCCACCCAUGUGUCACUUCACCACACGUAACCUGCUAGGCGAAUAUUUUGCUGAACUGAUUGCUCAGCACAUUAUAGUCAGGCGAGUUGGGUUAAAUCAAUUGGAAUAUGCAGGAAGAUAGGAGGCAGGAAUGCAAUGUGUGGGCAGAAGGAAGGAUUGCAAAGGAUAAUUGUUGUGAAUGAGGGCAUUACACCAUUAAAAUAAAGGUGCUACAAAGGGUCUUUGAACAGAGAUAUAGAAGAACCAAUUUUGGUUCUUUUGAUAAAUAUCUAUGUUUGUAAAAGAGUAAUGUGUAAGUGUAAAGUACCUUUACAUGAAACCUUAAAAACUCCACACUAUCUCUUACAGUGUCACACUGCCACAAGUUACUUAUCUUUGGUGUAAAACUAAUACUAGAGUUAAUAGCAGUGUGGUCAACUUACGUCUAGCAUCAAUGUUUUAAAAUAAUUUAACUUCUGUUAAAUACUCUGAUAGACAAAAUGACGUACUUAAAUCUAAUACACAUGUUUAGAAACUGUUUUGGGAAGAUUUUAAAGGAUCUGCCCCUUUUUCUGGUCAACAACCUCAAAAAUCACCAGAUAUACCAACAAGAAAAUACAAGUUGAUAAAUUCAACUCCAACAUGAGGUCUUUGUUCAGUAAAGAAGAAUCUUUAAAAUGUUUUUUUUUAUCAGUUAUAAUUAUAAAAAUGUGUGUACCUUAUGAAAACAUUUGCCUUUAAAAAACAUUUAAACAUGGACAUUUGAUUUUCAUUUGAAAAAAAUAUAUAGAAAUGGAAGUAAUAUAACUAAACAUACAAAACAAACAAUGUGUCAAACGUGUAAAAAGUAAUAGUUACAACUGUAAUUUUUAUUGCAAUAAAAAUGUAGGACAUUCUCACAUUUAUUGCUACUUAAAACUUCUAAAAUUAGAAUCAGAUGACCAGAUAAAAAUAAAAGAUUAAAAAGAUCUUAAAGCAACUGAAAGUCAGCAGUUCCCCUGUCUGCAAAAUAGUUUGUCAAAGAACAACCCUCAGAAACAAAAACUGUAUGUUUGAAUGUAUAUAGACUUGUUAUUGACUUAGCAUUUUAUUAUAACUGAAUGAUUCUGACUGAUACAUGAGCACAAUAUCAUCAAUUAAAAUGUUUAAAUAUAUGUUCCUUAAAUAAACAGGGGUUCUCAGUUUUGUUAUUGGAGGGUUUAUAAUUAAGAAUCCAUAGAACUAAUGCUUUUAACAGUGAGCAGUUACUGUUCCCCUGAGUUUUUUCAGCCUUGCUGAAAUCAAUAGGUUUGACUUGGAAUCCAUACAGAGGCCAUCCACACAUCUGCAUUUUCAUUCUGAAAUGAUACGGCAAAAGAUAAGGCACAGAUAAAGAAGGACGGAGAUAAAGGAAUAAACAGGAGAGAUGUAAUAAACAGGAGAUGAGGGCCGUGGUGAAGCAAUGUUCAUUCUUGUGAGAUAGCAUUAGGGAGCAGUUACGAGGGGUCAGGGCAGCUGGAACCGGGAGAUAAGCCACAAGCAGUGAGAGUGCAAUUUCUGCCUUAAGCAAACACACGGAACAGGUGGACACACACUGUCUUUCACUCUCUUAUGUACACACAUGUUUAAUGUUCACCUGUGUAAGAUUUUGGAUAUAAGAGUACCUAACACAGAAAAAAAAACUUUUAAGCAGUUUUCAUUAAGAUGCUGACAUUAACAGUGUUUUUUUGUUGUUUUUAUGUAUGUGAUUUGUUUAGUUUUUGAAAACAGUGGGAUCCAUGAAUGUAAGACAAGAAAAGACAUAUUUGUGACACAGGCACAGAUGGAAAUUGGCCUCUUCUAUCCAAGCAGUGAACAGACACACACACCAGUGACUACACUCAGGAUAUACUUACAAUGAGAGGAGUAUCCUGGCGAGCAUUAAGGUUGGAGCUUUGCUCAAGGGCUUAACAGUGGUGGAGCAGAUCUGUGAACAAUUCUAUUAAGAAUUGUGAUGAGGCACAGUGAUUCAAAAAGUAUUCAUUUGAAAAAACUCAUCAUAAAUCAAUAUUUGAAUAAAUGUUUUAAAAUAUAUUUAUUGGGAAGAUACUGGAGAAUGAGGCUUGUUGCAUUCUUGUAUUAUUGGAGUUGCAAGAUUGAUCAACUAGACACAACAACCCGUGGUCCAAAGUACUGUAUAUUCUGGGAUUGUUUGGUAAAAUUAAUACACACUGCUUGUGUUACAUUGUGAAAAAAUAGUCUAGAUAGGAUAUGAUGUAGCUUUCCAUCUCUGUUAAUUGUUUAGUUGAUUAGCAAGCCAAGAAAUUUGUGCCUAGACUUUUACUUAACAGGAGCUUCUACUGCUUAUUAACAAGCCACAUAUUGAUAAAAACACCUGGAAAACUAAUCUGCACUUUUGAUUGUGUUCCCUUGAAUAAGUUGUGUCUUGGUUUUCAUUGCUUUAGUAUAUCUCCACUUUAGUAUCACCUAUGAAGAAAAUAUACACUGACAUACUAAAUGUUAUGGGAUAGCAGGUGUUACCUAAGAGCACCUACACCUACAUCUGUAUUAGUUGUGAGGAGUUGUAAGUUGUAAGUGAGGUCAGGAACACUGGUGCUUGAUGCGUGUUCAUGGCAAGGCAAUGUAAGUGGCUUCAUCUGUCAAUGAGAAAAGGCAAAAAUAACAUGCGCGUUUAAUUCAGGAGGCCCCACACUUAUAUCCAGCAGGUCAGUGCAGCAUUGGUUUGCUUCCUUGGGUUAUGGCAAAACUAGUUCUAGUAUUGUGUCUCAUGACUUUAGGCACAUAAGUGUACAUUUAUUUAGAAAACAAUGAUUAUUUUAUUUGGUACAAAACCAUUACAUUAUCUGUAGGUCCUUUAAAGUUUUGAAGCAAAACUUCAAGCACAGUCACACAAUAGUUUCAAACAAAAGAGGGAAAAAAACAUGCCUCUAUGUGGACCAGAUCAAAAAGUCUCUCAGUUUCCUCUAGGGUAUUUUUGUAUUUAUUUAUUUUUAAUGCUUUGGGUAGCUGAGGUUGGAGAGCAGGAUCAAACAGGUUUGAUCCAGUCUCCUCCCUAACCCCUGCUGUGAAUAUCUGUGCUGAAUAUCUCUGCAAAGCCUGGCUGAGCCAUAAGAAAUUAAAUUGCUCUCCCCAGGUUCUUCUGUUUCUAUGGAGCUAGAGAGAAGCUGGGUGCUUAUAGUGCAUAUGGGAGUGAUUGGUGGAGAAUGCCUCUGAGUUAUAUGGCACCUUACUGGGACAAAAUGGAAAAAUAGGGCAAAGGUUGGUAGUGUGGUAGAACUGUGUGUGUGUGUGGCUGUGUGAGAGGAGAUGACUACAGUGCAAAAGAAGCAGCUAAUGCUUAUAAUCAAGUCCAAAUAACACAAAUAGUGCCGUACACAGCACACCAGCACUUAAACUAUUAUAGGCAUGGCUGGACAAAACAAAUGCUUCUUGUUUUUAACAAGAAGAUCUAGCUUAAAUUACUACCCAUUACACUUUGGUUAGGCCCACAAACAAAGUGUUGUUAAAUUCUGUUUCACAACACAUGGCUACACUGCCAUGACAGAAUAUUUAUAUUAUUAUUAUAAAAGUAAUGUAACAGUAAUUUCCUUGACAGUCACUUGUUAUGCACUAUUUGUUUAAGCGUGUCGUAAUCAUUCGAUCUCUCACAUCAUCACAGUCAUGUUUUAAAAUCCAAAACACUCUUUAAUGCUCAACUCAUUUUUAAUACCCUUACAUCUCUAAUAUCUCAAUACAUUUGUUCAGUCUUUUGUCUACUUCUGUAUGUGUAUACACACCUUUUAGCUGCACUCACAGGGGAUUCUUUAUUAUAUGUUCAGUGUUCUGUCUAAUUCUAUGUUCUGUCUGAUUCUUUGUUCUGUAAAGCUGCUGUGUGACAUCAGUUGUAAAAAGAGCUAUAUAAAUACAUUUAAUUUGAUUUUG